UAUGAUGCGUUUCGAAAACUUUGGAUAGAAUUACAAAAACAACAACUGAAUAAAAGUGUUGAACAGUUUCCAUUACAUGGAUUCUUCUUGCUCUAUUGAUAAUGUAACUCCACCAACAAGGCUUUCCAAAUGGCGAGAAAAACUAUGUUUUUUAUACGUGCUGUAAUAUUCAUCUCUCUGAUACUAGUCCUGUGGAAUUUUUUCUGGGUUUUCAGACUGCAGCAACCCCAACAAAUCCCUACUAAAAUAGAUUCUACUCUUUCCUCUGUGCCUCAAUCCAUGAGGGAUGUAGGGUUUGAUACACCCAAGCAACAUCCCCAUGGAAAUGUAAAAAUUGAAAAGCCCCAAGAAAUUCACAUAGCUGCAGUUGUCUGUGGGAAUCGAACAAAUGAAACAAUAGUUAUGAUCAAAUCUGCCUUGAUUAGGAGUAGUAUCUUCAUCAAAUUUAUACUAUUUGCCGAUGAUGCUGCAACUUCCUCCUUAAAUGGAACAGUCAAACUCUGGCCUGACAAAGUUUUAAACCGUAUGUCUCUUGAUCUCCGCCCCAUAACUUUUCCUGCUGACAAGGCUGAAGAAUGGAAGAAACUAUUCAAACCGUGUGCCUCUCAAAGACUUUUCCUUCCGAGUUUGCUGCAAGAUGUGGAUUCUGUAUUAUACAUGGAUACUGACACAAUUUUCCUCACUUCCCCAUUGAAUGUGUGGGAACAUUUUAAUAAAAUGGAUGAAAUGCAGAUGGCUGCUGUUGCCCCUGAGCAUGAAGAUUUCUCGACUGGGUGGUAUAACAGAUUUGCAAGACAUCCUUACUAUGGAAAUUUGGGUGUAAAUUCUGGAGUGAUGUUGAUGAAUUUGACAAGAAUGCGGCACUUUGGUUGGGAAAAAUAUGUCGUUCCCAUAUAUCAUGAGUAUAAAAGCAAAAUAGUAUGGGGAGACCAAGACAUCAUUAAUAUUGUCUUCCAUUUUCACCCCGAAAAGCUUUACGUUUAUCCUUGCCACUACAACUACCGUCCAGACCAUUGUAUGUACAUGAGCGUUUGUAAGACAGCUGAAGAACAAGGUAUACAUGUUCUCCACGGAAACAGAGGUAGCUUCCAUAACAAGAAACAGCCGGCGUUCAAGGCUGUGUAUGCUUCUAUUGAACAGUAUUCGUUCGGUGAAGAUUUGCAAACAUUGUUGACCAAUAUGAAAAAGAGCCUUACAGAAACUGUGGAUACCAAUUGCGGAAAAUUAAUGACUUCUUUGCCAAAACUCCUGAAGAUUUAAUUGACAAUCCCGGAUGGAGGAGAGGAUUGUUCCUGAAAGAGUCUCAGCGUAAUAGUAGACGGAUAAAGUCGCACGUAUACUUAAUAAUUUUUUAAAUACCUUAUUAUUGUAGCAUGUGUUAGAUUCAUGCCAUUUUAUCACUUUGCUAGUCCAAUCAAAUCCAAGCUUUAUUGAA